CAGCACUGAGUACACAACUUGCACUGGAAGCCCCACCCCUUGCCCGGGGAUGGGGGCGGCACCGCGGGGCGCAGAGCGAUGGCGGCGGUAGCGCAGCUGUUGCGGCGCGGUGUUCGCGGCGGGGCCGUGUCCCGCUUCUCCGGGCGGUUUUUCAGCUGUGGGCCAAAUGUGCUAUAUCAAUCCAGCAAUCCACUGCAAGCCACAUUCUUCUCACCUGUUCAAAAAAUGAUGUUGCCACCAAACACCUUUCAAGGGAAGGUGGCCUUUAUAACUGGUGGAGGUACUGGGAUUGGCAAAGCGAUGACAACAACCUUGUCCAGUUUAGGUGCCCAGUGUGUUAUAGCAAGCCGGAAUCGCGAUGUUUUGAAAACAACAGCAGAAGAAAUUUCUUCUAAAACAGGGAAUAAGGUUCAUGCCGUUCAGUGUAAUGUGAAAGAUCCAGUUUCAGUUAAGGAUGCUGUUGCUGAAGUAAUCCAAGUGGCAGGACAUCCUAAUGUUGUGAUAAACAAUGCAGCUGGAAACUUUAUUUCCCCUUCUGAACGACUUUCUGCUAAUGCUUGGAAAACGAUAACUGAUACUGUGCUUAAUGGUACUGCUUUUGUAACUCUGGAAGUCGGAAAGGAGCUCAUUAAAGUACAAAAAGGAGCAUCAUUCCUGGCUAUUACAACAAUUUAUGCAGAGAGUGGCUCAGGAUUUGUGAUGCCAAGUGCCUCUGCCAAAGCUGGUGUAGAAGCAAUGAGCAAGUCUCUUGCGGCUGAAUGGGGGAAAUAUGGCAUGAGAUUCAAUGUGAUUCAACCAGGUCCAAUAAAAACAAAGGGUGCUUUUAGCCGCAUUGACCCAACAGGCACAUUUGAGAGUACAAUGAUGGACAGAAUUCCGUGUGGUCGUCUGGGAACUUUAGAAGAAAUUGCAAAUCUUGCUGCAUAUCUCUGCAGUGACUAUGCAAGCUGGGUUAAUGGAGCAGUUAUUAGAAUGGAUGGUGGAGAAUAUGUUUCUAUGGCAGGAGAAUUCAAUUAUUUGAAUAAGGUUGACAAAGAGCAGUGGGAUGUGAUGGAAGCACUGAUUAGAAAAACAAAAGGCUCUUAAAGUAUGUAGCCAUAUGUUGGAGAUUUUUGGAAAUGAACCACUACUUUUCAAUUUAUAUCCAGAAAUAGCUAAUUGAGAAAUAGCCUUCAAAGUCUUUUGUAUGCUGGUUUCAAUAAAAUAUUUUGAAAUUGUGGUAUUUCAAAUAUAGCAUAUAUGUUUUUCCAGUCUUCGAUCUAAUCUGUUGCCAAUAGUGAACAACAGUUGUUCACUGAGAUUUUAUUGUCCCUUAUAUCUUAUAUAGCCAUACUGUGGUCUCCAGUUAGCUUCUUUUUUAAUACAGAUAUUAUACUCAGAUAUAUGUCUCUUAAUAUUGUAAUUCCAGUACCAUUUCGGGGCUGUUGUAACUGGACAUAAUUGUUAAUCUGAGGAAAAAUAAAGAUAUUAAGUCUAAUCUUCACACAGUAAUAGGUCAACAAAGUUUCAAGUCAGCAGCAGCGCUACAUACCCUGAGACAGGAAGUAACUCCUGUGGUUACUUAAAAAUCUUGAAAUACCUUACUGUCUUGGUCUCAUGUUUAGCUGACAUUUUCAGUCUGUUAAUUAUCUUACGCUGAACUUUAAAAAUGUCAUUUAAAGACUAGCAGUGCCUUUCUAAGGAGCUUGCUCUUUGUCAUGGUUAAGUUAAUGUCCUUGAAAAUGAGAAACUAAAAGUUGUUUGCUAUUACUCUGUGUGUGACUAGGGGAGUCUCUCCAUAAAAAAUGGUUUACUUAAGACUAGUGAAGGACAUCAGUAAAUUGGGACUGAAAGCAUUGAAACCUCAUUGAUUGAGAUUUACGGAUAUCCCUAGUUUUCAUUUGCAUUUACAGACUGGUACUGGAGAAGCUGUAGUAUGGCAUUACCUCUGGAUCUCAUAAGUUUAUCCAUCCCAAAUAAGCAAGUGAUUAAAUAAAAACCCCCAAAACAGACAAAGCUAAACAAACAAUGACAAGGCAUGCUCUCCCCGUGCAGCCCAUGGAGGCUAACAAAGGAGGAGACAUCUGCCUGCAGCCUGGGGAGGAUUCUGCACUGGCAUAGAUGGAUGCCCGAAGGAGGCUGUGACCCUGUGGAGGGGACCUGUAGAGAGGAGUGUAUGCUGAAGAAGGUUUUCUGGCAGGACUUGUGACCCUGUGGGGGACCCACGCUGAAGGAAUCUGUUUCUGAAGGACUGCAGGAACAUACACUGGAGCAGUUGGUGAAAAGUUGCAGCCCAUGGGAAAAACUCAUGUUGGAGAAGUUCAUGGAGGACUUGUCUCCUGUUGGAGGGACCCCAUGUUGCAUUAGGGGAGGAGUGCUCCCCCUGAGGAGGAAGGAGUAGCAGAGAUGACGUGUGAAGAACUGACUGUAACUCCUGUUCCCCGUCCCACUGUGCUGCUGACAAGGAAGAAGUGGAGAACUCGGGAGUAAAGUUACUUUGGGAGAAAGGGAGGAGUAGGGAGAAGGUGUUUUGUGGUUUGGUUUUAGUUCCGAUUACCCUACUCUGAUUUAAUUGGUAAUAAAUUAAUUUCCUCAAGUCGAGUCUGUUUUACCCCUGAUGGUAAUUGGUGAGCAAUCUCCCUGUCCCUAUCUUGACACAUGAGUGUUCAGUUCCAGUUUCUGUUCUCUGUCCAGCUCAGGAGAGUGAGCAAUAGAGUGGCUUUGGUGGGCAUCUGGCAUCACCCUAGGGUCAACCCACCACACAGAGUCUGACCUUUACAGACUGAAAUCCAUACAUUUAAAAAAAAAUCUUUUAUCCCAAACUCCAAACAUUCCACACAUACAAGUAUGGACAUAAUUCUUUGUGCUGUGAAAUUGAUACAGUCAUUUUAGAGCUGGGAAUAUAGAAGCAAUUAAAGAAUAUCUUAAUUGAAGUGCUGACAAUGGUUUUAUCACUUUACCCAUGCUUCACACCAUGCCUGGAGAUGCAGCAUCUGACUGGAAUAAUUUGAUUGCCUUAAUACAAAGCUGAAGCAAGCUGAUGUAUGUUCUCCUGAAAGGGUGGACUAUAUUGUUGCAGCCAUCCACAUGCCAGCUUUCUCCUUUCAGGAGAUGGUCCUGUGGGGGAUUGAAUAGCAUCUGUGCCACUGAUAAUAAAGCAAAGCAAAUGUGUUUAUCAUAGCAGCUUCCAAGGUGUCUCUUGAACAUAGCAUAAACCUUUGUUAUAGCAUUUUGGGUUUUGGUAGGUCUACUGUCAAGUUCCGAUUCUGACAUAAAAUCCGUGUCUUUCCCUGAAAAAAGUGAUUUAAUUGAGAAGUUAGUCCCAUAUAUACUGUUCUUUGCUCAUCGUCCUUUGCAUACACUUAGAUUUUCUCUUUAUGGGACACAGUUGCAUAUAAGGAUUUGACAUUUGAAGUGUUUAAAAAAAAUUAGGAAGGUAUGUUUGUGAGCUGUGGUAUGGUCAGGUAUUUCUGUGCAGUAUUUAGUAGGGCAUCCUCUGGAAGUGGGCUAAUAAUAAAAAAUUCCUGAUUGUCUCUUGCAUCUGUGGGUGUGUAUGACUUAUGCUAUAGAAAAGUUUGUCAUGUGGUUGAAGUACUGGACUGAGAUUGAUGAUAACCAUGUUUAGUCUCCAACAUCGUCACACACUUCAUGUGACUAUAAGUUAUUUCUGUUGCAUCUGAUCAGCAGGGCAGGUACACUUCACAGCAUUCUCUCAGGAACUGGUUAUCCGAAACAGGAAGACUGGCCCAUUCCUUUUAGCUCACCAGACAGGUCCUGGAUGGGGCACUUGUGGAAAAGAUUGAGAAAAGAAGCAUAUUCACAGGCUUUGACUCAGCAUUAAGCCACAUACUGUUAAUUCAUCUACAU